UACCAUUAGUCAGAGCAACUGAAGACAGCAGAUGUCGCCCUAACUGCAAACAGCAAGUACAGAACAAUAUAUUUUGUUGCUGUGUUUAAUACUCAGUUAAGAACAUAACUUGAGGAUGGCAAGUGUCUGCCUAUGCGUCGGGGCCUUGGUAUUCCUGAAUCUCUUUGUUUGCUGCAACUUUUACACCAAAGAUACUGUGCCAGGUAUUGAAGAUCAGCGGUUCAUUGAGGAAUGUGUCCGAGUGCACAACAAUUUCAGAUCCAAUGUGAAUCCACCAGCCAGCAACAUGAAACGGAUGAGCUGGGACCAUCAGCUAGCAAUAAUUGCCAAAGACUGGGCAAAGAAUUGUCAAUUUGUACAUAAUCCUGAUCUAAUGGUGCCACAUAAGGCUCACUCUCAAUUUGCUAACGUUGGAGAAAAUAUUUGGGCAGGUUCCCUGACAAGUUUUAAUGUGACCUUAGCGCUCACAAAUUGGUUUGAUGAAACCUCGUCUUAUGAAUAUGACACUCAAAAGUGUGACAAGAUAUGUGGACAUUACACUCAGAUGGUUUGGGCAACAAGCUACAGAGUUGGUUGUGCUGCUCAAUUCUGCCCUAAACUGCAAAACUACACUGGAUCGGACGCUGUGCUCUUCAUUUGUGACUACGGCCCUGCUGGGAAUUUCCCAACUCAGCCAUAUAAAACUGGAGAACCAUGCAGUCAGUGUGGUAGAAAAGCAUGUCACGACAAACUCUGUGAUGCUGAUGGGAGCAAGUCUUUCUACAUAAACCCAUUUUUACUUUUAAUGACAACUGCAGUGAUUUUGCUUCGUAGCAUUACCCCAGAAUGAAUUUCUUCGUUCUUUCUGGA